AUGGCAGCCGUACAAAAUGAGACCCAUUUUGUGUGUGGAGGCACGCUGAUUCACAAUCGUUUUGUAUUAACUGCCGCUCAUUGCAUAUAUGGUCAAACAAAUUUAUUUGUAGGAUUGGGAGCAUACAGCAAAAGUGAGCCCACCUUUCAGGUCAAAGUCACUGCUGCAAUUAUACACCGUUCGUCGUCCACAUUUGAUUUUCAGUUUGAUGUAGGCCUGCUCAAAUUAUCAAACAGGAUCAAAUAUAAUUCCUUUGGCUGGGGACAAAAAAGUGACAACCUGGAAUCUGAUAUACUUCAAACCAUCACCCUGGACCAUUACAAUGAAAGAGUGUGUAACAGGCGCAUGAAUUUUACCAUGAGUUCGGAACAGAUAUGUGCAGGUGCCUAUAACGGCGACACCUGUGGUGGCGAUUCCGGAGGUCCAUUGAGCACUACUUUGACCGUUAAUGGAUUGCCCCGCGAAGCGCAGAUCGGUAUCGUAAGCUUAGGCCAAAGUACCUGCAAUGGACCGGGCGUGUAUACCAAAGUGGCCAGUUAUGUGGAUUGGAUUCAGAAAAUUAUAUCCAACUUUGAUGAUUCCAAUAAGACACAGCUCGCAAUGCCACAACAAUCUCCGCCGACAAUGGUUAAAGACAUGUGGUUGCACAGCGACUGCGGUGGCGGUACCAUGGCAUCAAUUUUACGGGCCGACAUUUUUGGACAUAACUUCAGGGCCCAUGGAGUGCUGAUCACAGACCGUUUUGUCAUAACCACUGCCAGACACUUAUCGGAAAAUCAUGAUGCGCUCUGGCUCUUUGGCGUUGGCGCAACUGGCAGGCAGGAGCAGAAGCAUCAACAGAAGCAUCAGCAGAGGCAUCAGCACCCAAAGCACCGGCAGGAAAAUCAGGAGCAGGAGCGGCAGGAGUAG